AGAGAGAGAGGCUGAUGUAUCCAGAUCCAGUACCUGUUAGAGCGCCGGAUGGCCGAGUGAUCAGAUUAGAGGUGUCAGGGUUCGUUAAUCUGUGAGGGAGUGACAGACUGCCACACACGCCGCUUGCGCACAUCGCUCCAUUCAUCGGAGCGGAUCGGAUCCUGACGCUCGUCGGGGAAUUUCCCCCCUUGUUUUUUUUUUCUUUCUUUUUUUUUUCUCCCCCCUCCCCAUAAUGGAUACCUGCACGGUUCGAGUCUGGGUGUUCCUGGUUGUGCUGUGGCACAGAGGUUGUUUGGCAUCGCAGUUUCCGACACAGCUCAUGAUUAAAGAAUGGGUUGAUCAGAUGCAGAAAGAGCUUGUCAGCCUGGCAGACACAGCCACAGCUGGGAAGAGCCUCACCCAGAUUUUUUUGAGAAACCAAAACCUCUACACUGUGGAGCAAAAUGAUGCAGAGGAGCUCGUGGCCAGAGCAGCCAGGAACAUAGAACAGCUGCUGCGGAAGAGGUCUGCCGCCUUGGAGAAACUGGCUACAGCAGCUGAAAAUUUCCAGUAUCAGCAUAGCUGGAAAGACGAGUUCGAGGAUGACGAAAUUGCCUACUACAACGCAAAGGACAAUCUGGAUGUGAAUGAAACCGAGGGAAGAAAAUACAGGAUCCGGCCGGACUUUAAAGAGGACCCUACAUUCAAACGUUUGACCGACCAUAACCACACGGCCGUGCACAUCCCCACCGACAUCUACGACGGCUCCACCAUCGUGCUGAAUGAGCUGAACUGGACCGAGGCGUUGGAGGACGUGUUCAGAAAGAACAGGGAGGAUGACCCGACCCUUCUCUGGCAGGUGUUCGGUAGCGCGACGGGCCUGGCUCGCUACUACCCAGCUUCGCCCUGGAUGGAUGCCCGCAAGACUCCAAGUAAAAUUGAUCUGUAUGAUGUUCGCAGGAGGCCAUGGUACAUUCAAGGAGCUGCCUCGCCCAAAGACAUGCUAAUCCUCGUGGAUGCGAGUGGGAGUGUGUCUGGCUUGACUCUCAAACUGAUCAGAACCUCUGUCAGUGAGAUGCUGGAGACUCUGUCUGACGACGACUAUGUCAACGUUGUUUAUUUUAACACCAGGGUGAAGAAGACGGCGUGCUUCGACCAUCUGGUUCAGGCCAACGUGAGGAACAAAAAGCUGCUGAAGGAUGCCGUACAGAACAUCACGGCAAAAGGGAUCACAAACUACACGAAGGGCUUUGAGUUCGCUUUUGAGCAGCUCUCCGCAACUAAUGUGAGCAGAGCAAACUGCAACAAGAUCAUUAUGCUGUUUACUGAUGGAGGGGAGGAAAGAGCUCAGGCCAUACUGGAGAAAUACAACGCUAACAAAAGGGUGAGGAUCUUCACCUUCUCAGUAGGACAACACAACUAUGACAAAGGACCCAUUCAGUGGAUGGCCUGCGCCAACAAAGGAUACUUCUAUGAGAUUCCUUCCAUCGGAGCCAUCAGAAUAAACACACAGGAGUACCUGGAUGUCCUAGGGAGACCAAUGGUUCUGGCAGACAAGAGGGGCAAACAAGUCCAAUGGACCAAUGUGUACCUUGAUGCUCUGGAACUGGGUCUUGUCAUCACCGGAACGCUACCAGUCUUCAAUAAAACCAAGACCAGGGAUAAAUGGAAGAAUGAAGAGCACCAGAAUCAGUUGAUUCUUGGCGUAAUGGGGAUUGACGUGUCUCUUGAUGACAUCAAGAAGCUCACGCCACGCUUCACAAUUGGUCCAAAUGGAUACUACUUCGCCAUUGAUCCCAACGGAUAUGUCCUGCUGCACCCCAACCUCCAGCCAAAGAAUCCUAAAUUCCAGGAGCCCGUGACGCUGGACUUCCUGGAUGCAGAGCUGGAGAAUGACAUCAAAGUGGAGAUCCGGAAAAUGAUGAUUGAUGGUGAGACAGGGGAACGCACCAUUCACACGCUGGUAAAAACUCAGGAUGAGAGGUAUAUAGACAGAGGGAUCAGGACUUACACGUGGGCGCCAGUCAACGGAACAGAUUACAGUCUGGCACUUGCUUUGCCUAAAUACAGCGAACACUUCAUUCAAGCCAAACUGGGGGAUGAUAUCCAACAAGCCACGUCUUCUUAUUGGGGGCAAGAAGCCAUGGAGACCAUACAGCUGGAGAAGUUUGAUGAGUUCGGUUACACCUACAUCGCUCCAAGGGAGUACUGCAAAGAGCUGAAGUUGUCACUCAACAACACCCAGUUUCUCCUCGACUUCAACCAAUACAUUGACAGGAACACUCCAGAUGCAUGUAAUGUGUCCCUUGUGAGUCGACUGAUCUUGGAUGCAGGUCUGACAGCUGAACUAGUUAAGCUUUGGAACGAGCAGAAAGUGGAUGGGAUAGUUGCCAGAUUUGUAGCAACAGAUGGAGGAAUUACAAGAAUCUAUCCAAGAAGUGCUGGGGAAGAUUGGACUGAGAAUCCUGAGACAUAUGAGUCCAGCUUCUACAAGAGGACCCUGGACAAUGAAAUUUAUAUUUUUACAGCUCCAUCUUUCAACACCGAGGGCAGGGAGUCGGCGUCUGAGUCAGGUAUUCUAGUGAGCAAAGGAGUGGACGUGAUCAUCGAUGAAGUCACACUCAAACCGGCGGUGGUGGGAGUGAAACUCAAUGUCUCAUUCUGGAUGAACAUUUUCAUGAACGCUACAAUGAAACUUAAUUGCAAGGAUGAGAUCUGUGGCUGUCUGAGGAAUGACAAGCACGUAGACUGUGUGAUACUGGAUGAUGGGGGAUUUCUUCUCAUGUCCAAUCAAGAUGAUUAUAUCACCCAGAUAGGUCAGUUCUUUGGUGAGGUGGACCCCGUGCUGAUGAUCAACCUGGUCAACACCUCUCUAUAUUCAUUCAACAAGACCUACGACUACCAGUCCGUCUGUGACCCAGAGAAAGACAGCAAGGCUGCAGCAGGACCCCGCUCCGUCUUUGUGCCUACCAUUGCGGACCUGCUGAGUAUUGGCUGGUGGGCCUCCACCGCUGCCUGGUCAAUACUCCAGCAGCUCUUCUUCAAUCUCAUCUUUCCUAAUCUUCUAGAGGCAGCUGAGUCAGCAGAUGAAGACAUACCAGAUGCCAUGUUUAAAGAAAGCUGUAUUACGGAACAGACUCAGUACUUCUUUGACAAUGACGAAAGAUCCUACUCGGGUGUCCUGGACUGUGGAAACUGUUCCAGGAUGUACCGUGCCGACAAGCUGCCGAACACCAACCUAGUGUUUUUGAUCACUGAUGCCAGGGCAACAUGUUUGUCGUGUGACCCAAGGCCUCUACGGCAGGCCGAACAACCCUCUGAAGGUCCAGAUCCAUGCGAGCUGGCUCAGAACCCCAGAUACCGCAAAGGGCCGGACGUGUGUUUUGACAACAAUGAAAAUGAUGAGCCCUUGUGCCCAACCAGCAAAGACUCUUCACUAAACUCUACACCUUUCUUCUUGCUUCUGGUUCUGACUUCAGGGAGGAUGAUUCUGAUUGUGGAGGAGGAACUUGCCUAAACCAGAGUCUUUGGCCAGUGUUCGGACUCCAACUGCUGCUGCUGUGGCUGAUCACAUCUUUACAACACUCAUGACCCCUACACACACUCCUACAACUGAUCAUCAUCUCAUUUCGCAGGAGGCCAGAAGACGCUCCACUUACGCCAUACAGGAUGUAUGCAGAAUAUUUACAAGACUCUUUUCUUUUUCCUGACAGUACGAGUAUUUCCAUUCUCCAAUGCCAAAGGGUGCUCAUUCAUUUCCUCCUCAUCAUUGUUUCAAAAAUAGAGACAAGUUUAUUGCGCACUGCUGCACUCAUUUCCACGAUUUAAUACUCUACAAUGGUGCAAGAGUAAGAGCUAACCAAACCCUUUAAUUCUGCCUCAUUUGUUUCUGAUUUACUUAGCGGAGGUUGAGGAGCUAUCCCACUAUGCCAACUAAAUAUCAUUCAAAGACUGUGUGUGUUCACUGACAGCAUUGAUUCGUGUAAUUGUCAAUAUUGUUUGUUGCUUAUUCUAUUUAUUGCGUAUGAAUCCUUAUGCUGUAAUGAUUGUUCAUUUUGGCAACUAGUGCAACUAUUGGUUUGAGUGUUUUUAAAUGUACUUUACCUAUCUAUCGUUUUUAUUUUCUUUUUUUUGUAUUCGAGAGUCAACUAGCAUUUUGUGACUAGCUGGGUGUUGUAUUGUAGCAGCAUGUGCUCGGUACAGAGCAAAAGACAACACCAACACUUUGACACCAAAGCUCCACUCAGUAUCAAGGACCACAAAUACACAGAAACCUAGAGAACCUGCAGGCUAGUUCAUUUUAGAGAUUCCUCAGAUGUGGGUGUCCAUCAGUAUUCAAGUUACGGCGCAGGACAGACAGUGAAGUCCGGAUGCACCCAACGUGAAAAUCUAUUAGGAUAUAACAACUGCAGAUAUGUUUGUACUUGGUCUGACAGCCCUAGUUGUCUUCAAUUUGAUGCAUCAAUUCCCAGUGCCUACACAGUAGCUCAGACAGUCUGGUAUCUGAAUGAAGCAAUGCUUCAGGGUUGUAUUCUUACCAUGUAUGCUUCUUGGUGCAAUAUGGAGUGGGUAGCCCUUGUAGUAAUGUGAUAUGGAAUGAGCUAAAUCCUGCUGCAGUUGUUCCAAUUCAUGUGGCCAGGGCAACAAUAGAAACCACCGGAGAUUAUUGGAGAGGAGUAUUAUUUUUCCUCCCUGGUCAAAACAAACCUAAACCAGGAUGGAGCUUGUGUUCCAACACCUCUUUAUUAAUCCUGUUUCUGUUCCCUUUCUGGAUCACCAGACUCAGGAGCCAAGAUGACUUGUGAAUGAGAUCAGCAUAUCAAAAUGACUGUUUCUUUGCUUUCUUCUCCCAGCUGUUCUCUUCCUUAUGCUUGUUUCCCCUUUGUGUUGCUCUAUAAGUGCUGUGAAGCAGACGCUGAAGGCUCGGCGUCCAAAUGCUGCAAUGUCAUGGGAUGAGCUUGUUCUGUGUUUGAACACUGUCUAGGCCUAUGAUCAGCAUCAGGGCCUGCUGGAGAGAACUUUGAAAAAAACACUAACAGUGGGAAUUUUGCAUUGCCUUACUUUACCGUCCGUCACAAAGAUCACACAAAGGUUGAGCCUUUCCUUGAUUUUCUAGCUGUUUUGACAGUAACGCUACGUUCUCUCCACUUCGCCUUCAUGGUGAUAUGCUGAUGUUGAGUGAUCAGGUUAUGCUGUCUAUCAAAGUCGCGUGUUGACUUGUGUUUUACCCCGGAGGUCCUGUGUCGAUGUGCAGGCAUGUGUGUGUCCCUCCGAUAUCUGAUUGUGCUUUAAUACCGUACAUAAAAUACUCUUUUGUGGAACUUCACUAGCCUGAAUAAAUUUUGUAUACAUUUGUACACUAAUACUAUUUACUGUAUAAAAGAGAAAAUGAAGGAAAAGAAAAAUGUUUAUAAUAUGGUGUUGAUUAUUGUGCAAAUAUAAUAUAUUCACAAUAAAAGUGUCGUAUUGUUAUGA